AGAGCUGGCAGGCGAGGCUCGCCGAGCUCCAGUUCUUUUUUGAUUUCCAGUUUUUGAUCGGGCCGUGUGUCCGGCUGGGCUCCGGCUGCGCGCGGGGGCGGGAGGGCGCGCGCAGGGGAGGGACCGAGGGACGCGCCGACUUUUUAGAGGGAGGGACUGGGUGGACAACUGGUCCCGCGGCGCUCGCGGAGCAGGAAAGAAGUGCCGUGCGAGGCGCUCGGGGGACACUUCCCGGAGUGUCGCCGCUUCCCUGUCAGCGCCCGCCGCCGUGGGAAGCCCGGGAACGAAGACGAGAGCCCGCGGCGCGGCUGGCGGACGAGCGAGCGCGCAGCAGCCGGUGCGCGGCCGCGGCGAGGGCGGGGGAAGAAAAACACCCUGUUUCCUCUCCGGCCCCCACCGCGGAUCAUGUACCAGGAUUAUCCCGGGAACUUUGACACCUCGUCCCGGGGCAGCAGCGGCUCUCCUGCGCACGCCGAGUCCUACUCCAGCGGCAGCGGCGGCCAGCAGAAAUUCCGGGUAGAUAUGCCUGGCUCAGGCAGUGCCUUUAUCCCUACCAUCAACGCAAUCACGACCAGCCAGGACCUGCAGUGGAUGGUGCAGCCCACGGUGAUCACCUCCAUGUCCAACCCAUACCCCCGCUCGCACCCCUACAGCCCUCUGCCGGGCUUGGCCUCUGUCCCUGGGCACAUGGCACUCCCGAGACCUGGCGUGAUCAAGACCAUUGGCACCACAGUGGGCCGCAGGAGGAGAGAUGAGCAGCUGUCUCCUGAAGAGGAAGAGAAGCGUCGAAUCCGGAGGGAGAGGAACAAGCUGGCUGCAGCCAAGUGCCGGAACCGACGCCGGGAGCUGACGGAGAAGCUGCAGGCGGAGACAGAGGAGCUGGAAGAGGAGAAGUCAGGGCUGCAGAAAGAGAUUGCUGAGCUGCAGAAGGAGAAGGAGAAGCUGGAGUUCAUGUUGGUGGCCCACGGCCCCGUGUGCAAGAUCAGCCCCGAGGAGCGCCGAUCGCCUCCAGCUCCUGGGCUGCAGCCCAUGCGCAGUGGGGGUGGCCUGGUGGGUGCCGUGGUCGUGAAACAGGAGCCCCUGGAAGAGGACAGCCCCUCAUCCUCAUCGGCAGGGCUGGACAAGGCCCAGCGCUCCGUCAUCAAGCCCAUCAGCAUUGCUGGGGGCUUCUAUGGGGAGGAGCCCCUGCACACCCCCAUCGUGGUGACCUCCACGCCUGCCAUCACUCCGGGCACCUCGAACCUCGUCUUCACCUAUCCCAGUGUCCUGGAGCAGGAGUCGCCUGCAUCACCCUCCGAGUCCUGCUCCAAGGCUCACCGCAGAAGCAGUAGCAGUGGAGACCAGUCAUCAGACUCUUUGAACUCCCCCACUCUGCUGGCUCUGUAACCCAGAGCACCUCUCCUCCCAGCUCUGGAGGAGGCCCUCGGCACUGCCUCCUUCCCAGGGACCAGCACCUUCAAGCACUCCAGGACCACAAGGCAAGAGGGACACCCUGCCAGCGAGCUUCCUGGCUCUGGCGGACCCAGGUGGAACUUGGGCUGAUCUCUUGGAAGCCACGGAAACUCCCUCAUUCAUCUUGCAAGCAAAUCCUGUUUCUUGAAAAGCCUUGGAGUACUUGGUUUGGUGGACUUGGACAUCUCUCUGGCUUCUGAAGAGCCUGAAGCUGACCUGGACCGUUCCUGUCCCCUUAUUACGAUAUUGUCUCUGGAGUGAUGGUGUCCUUCCCCACCCCACCAAGCAUGCUCAGUGCCUUUUGGUUUCACCUUCUCUCGACUUGCCCCGUCCCUCCCCGAGUGUCAAUUUCGAUCCCUCUUGGUUUUUAGCAGAUUUGCCAUGACAUUUCAUCUGGGUGGCCUGAAUAUUAAAGCUCUUCAUUUCUGGA